CAAAAUAGCAAAGAAGAAUGUGCUAGAGCGGAGCAGACAAUUUGACUGACAGUUUUGUUCGUUUGAGGAUAUUACGUGUCUAUUGCUUACUGUUAUCUCCCCUUUAUCGACCGACUUAGUUUGAUGUGAGCUAAUUUUGAAAACAACCUAAGAUCCUGUGAUUAUCCUUGAACCUUGGAUCAGAAAUGGCAGAAAUCGGCGAAAUAUAUGAGGCAAAACUUAAUGCUCCCUCCUCCAGUGGGAUGACGGACCAGGAAAAGGAAAUGGCAGCAAGUGCAUAUGAAGCUUUUCUGGCUGGAAAGUAUGAAGAGUCUCUCAAACACCUUGAAGCCUUGCAGGAACUCAACAAAGAUGACUACAAAAUUGCCAUGAAUAGAGCUGUUGCAGAAUUUUAUAUAAGUGGUCAAACUACGACGGCCACAUUAAAGCAGACCCUCACGGCAAUGAAGAAUCGGCUUCACACAACAGCAGAAGAUGUUGAUGGGUUGGAUGAUGUUGAGAAUAGUUUUCUGUACUAUAAUCAAGCCAUCAUUCACUACCACAUGCGACAGUACUCUGAGGCCAUCUCUAUAGGAGAGAAGCUGUAUCAGUUUCUUGAACCAUUUGAAGAGAAAUUUGCUCAAGGGGUGUGCUUCCUGUUGGUGGAUCUCUACCUGGUGACGUUCCAGCCAGAGAAGGCGCUUCAUCUGCUGGCUGUUCUGGACAAAAUCUCUGUACAGGGAAACAACAAGAAUGGCAAAGGAGAGAGCAAUAACUCAAACAAAGAAGGAUCAAACCAGAAGGCAGAGUUUGCAGCAAUGUUGGAAGCAGCCAAAUCCAAAAUCCACCAGUACAAAGUGAGAGCCUACAUUCAGAUCAAGUCAUCCAAGGCCUGUAAAAGGGAGAUCAAAUCAGUGAUGAACACAGCAGGGAAUUCUGCACCCUCACUCUUCCUCAAGAGUAAUUUUGAGUACCUGAGAGGGAACUAUCGCAAAGCAGUGAAGUUGUUAAACAGCGCCAACAUCGCAGAGCAUCCUGGACCCAUUAAAACAGGUGAAUGUAUCCAAUGUAUGUUCUGGAACAACCUGGGCUGCAUUCACUUUGCAAUGGGUAAACACAACC